GACUUCCGCUUCCGCUCAGUCCGUGAAGUGUCAUGGCGGCUCCCUGUGAGACGAUGAAGAUAAGCUGAGAGACGAGACAAACGUCUCUGUGACACGUGACAACUGAAGUUAUGUUGGUAAUGUCUUCUGUGGUGCGAGCGGCGCGGCGUCUCGUCCACGCAGACUCUGUUUUGUUCCACGGCUUCCUGUGUCCACCUCAGAGUUCCGCCCCCCUGCUCCGCUGUGGUCAGAACAGAAAGUUGGCCUCCAAACAGGUCAAAGGUCAUAAGAAAGAGCAGAGGAGUCCUAAGGUCAAACCUAAAGUGGACAAACAGGAAGUGGAGAUCAGUCAAAGAAUGACGGUGUCGUCUCUCGCUGCAGCAAUGAACAGAGACUGUGAUCACGUGUUCGAGGCUCUGAUGAACACCGCGAUGGACGUGGACUCUCUGGAUCCGGACUCGGUUCUGUCGGAGAAGUGGAUCAAAGAGGUUGUGACAAGAUCAGGGAUGAAGUUCAGAUGGACCAAUCUGAGCACGAGCAGAGAGAGGACCAACAGGGACGUCCACAUGAGGCCACCAGCUGAUCCCAGCAGCCUGAAGCCCCGCCCCCCAGUGGUGACCAUCAUGGGUCAUGUGGACCAUGGGAAGACAACUCUGCUGGACAGUCUGAGGAAGAGUCAGCUGGUGUCCAUGGAGGCCGGAGGAAUCACACAGCACAUAGGAGCUUUUCUAGUGCAGCUGCCCUCAGGUGAGAAGGUCACCUUCCUGGACACACCUGGUCACGCCGCCUUCUCCUCCAUGAGAGCCCGCGGAGCCAGCGUCACUGACAUAGUCAUCCUGGUGGUGGCAGCAGACGACGGCGUCAUGAACCAGACGCUCGAGUCCAUUCAGCACGCCAAGAGAGCUAACGUCCCGAUGAUCGUGGCGGUGAAUAAAUGCGACAAACUCCACGCCGACCCUCAGAGAGUCAAACGGGAGCUGCUCGCUCACGACGUCGUCUGCGAGGAGUUCGGCGGCGAUGUUCAGGCCAUUCACGUGUCUGCUUUGAAGGGAGACAACCUGCGACUUCUGACCGAGGCCACAGUGGCGUUAGCUGAGGUCAUGGAGCUCAAAGCGGAACCCAGCGGCUACGUGGAGGGCGUGAUCAUCGAGAGCCGCACCGACAAAGGCAAAGGCCCUGUAACGACGGCUCUUGUCCAGCGGGGGACGCUGAAGCGAGGUUGCGUCCUCGUGGCGGGAAAGACUUGGGCCAAAGUUCGUCUCCUGUUUGAUGAGAAUGGGCAGGCGGUGAAAGAGGCGGGGCCAAGCUGUGCUGUGGAGGUGGUUGGGUGGAAGGAGGCUCCCUCUGCUGGAGAGGUCAUCCUGGAGGUGGAGUCUGAGCAGCGAGCACGGGAGGUGGUGACGUGGAGGAGCAGCGAGGAAGAGCAGCAGAAGAUGGAGGAGGAGCUUAGUGCCAUCGAGCUGAAGCAGCAGCAGCACCUGCAGUCGUACAGGAAAGAGAGGGCGGAGUUUUCUCACCUGAGCUGGAGAAAGAGGAAGGUGGCGCUCUACCACGCAAACAAGAACAAGCCCUUGGUCAAGCCGAGCGAGAAGACGCAGGACGAGAAACUGCAGAUGGCGCUCAUCAUCAAAGGUGACGUGGAUGGGUCAGUGGAAGCCAUUUUGAACAUCCUGGACAGUUACGACGCUCAGCAGCAGUGCGAGCUCCACGUCAUCCACUUCGGCAUCGGAGAAGUUUCCGAAAGUGACGUCAAGUUAGCGGAAACAUUCGCAGGCUCCAUCUAUGCUUUUAACGUGACAGCCAGCAGGGCGGCACUGCAGCUGGCAGCGAGGCACGGCGUCCCCCUGCGUCUCCACACCAUCAUUUACAGACUGGUGGACGAGCUGAAGGACGAGCUGAGCGGGAAACUUCAGCCGCUCCGCUCACAGAACGUGAUCGGUGAGGCCAGCGUAUGUGCGGUGUUCGAGGUCUCUGUGGGGAAGAAGAAGGUUCCUGUGGCUGGGUGUCAGGUCCACAAAGGUCUGCUGGACCAGAAACACAAGUUCAGACUGAUCCGAGGACAGGACACCAUCUGGGAGGGUCGUGUGCUGGCGCUGCGUCACCACAGAGACGUGGUUCCUACGGUGAAAGCGGGAAUGGAAUGCGGCCUGUCGACGGACGAGGGCGAGGACGUGGACUUCAGACCCGGCGACGUCAUCGUCUGCUUUGAGAACGUGGAGAGACCGCAGGUCACUUCCUGGAACCCUGGCUUCUGACCACGCCUCCUCCCAUCAUGCUUUGCUGCUACUUAAUGGUGACAUCAUAUUUAAAAAAAAAUAAAAAUAAAAACUUUAGAGUCUGUGACACAGCUCGGGAUGGUCUGAUCUCUGACCUCUUCACUUCCUCCUGCUCUUGCCGGGUUUGGCGAGCAGCGCAGGGUCCACUUGGUCGGGCCUUAGUCCUCUGACUGAGAAGAGACGGGCAGCGCGUUCUGAUAACGUUCCCCCGCACUUUAACCCCCGAGACACGAGUUCUUUCUUUAGGACGUCCAGACCCAGAGAUUCCAGCUGCUGGACGGAUGACGCCGCGUCCACUGACAGCACAGACUGAGGAGGAGGAGCAACACAUGAGUGACACACCCAUUUAAACUGAUCCAAUAAAUAAAAGUUUGUUUGUUUCCUCAAA